AUGCGUCUUCACAGCUCCGUCCUCUUAGCAUUGGCCACCUUGGCCGUAGCUCACCCUGGUGAAGACCAUCACGAUGAGCUUCACCAGCGUCGUGCAUUUGAAGCCAGUGCUGAGCGACUGUCUCUGCGUCACUGUGCUGAGAAGCUAAAGGCUCGAGGUGUGACUGACCGUAACAUCAAGCGUCGGUCCACCUUGAUCCAGGAGCAUCGCCAGAAGCGUGGUAUCAAGAAGCGGGAUCUUGAGGACGUGCUCAACACGGACCACAACAAGACCGACCUCGGUUACACGCCCAACACUCCGCCCGAAACUCUCUUUGCCGGGCAGAACUCGUGCGUUCUGACCCCCGAGGUUACUAUUGGUCCUUACUACGUCAGUGGUGAGACUAUUCGUCGCAACCUCAAGGAGGACCAGGAGGGUGUUGACCUCAUCCUUGACUACCAAAUUAUCAACGUGGAAACCUGUGAACCUGUGCCAGAACUCUAUCUUGAUAUUUGGCAUUGUAACGCAACCGGUGUUUAUGCUGGUGUGAAUAACGCGGGCAACGGCAACACCGACGACAAGACCAACAUCAACAGCACCUUUGGCCGUGGUAUCCAGCAAACCGAUGAAGAUGGUGUUGCCCAGUUUGAGACACUCUUCCCAGGCCACUACACUGGUCGCACUAUCCACAUCCACCUCUUGGCUCACGCAAACGCUACUUUGUUCGAGAAUAAGACCCUCGGAAACGACAUCUACAGCAGCCAUAUCGGCCAGACCUAUUUUGACCAAGACUUGAUCCACGAGGUUGAGAGGCUUGCCCCAUACAACACCAACACACAGGAGCUGAUGACCAACGCUAACGACGGAAUUCUUGCUGAUGCUGCCAACCAGGACUAUGAUCCGGUUGUCGAGUGGACUCUCCUUGGUGACACCGUUGCUGAGGGCGUCUUCGGCUGGCUAGCUUAUGGCGUCAAUAUCACUGUUACUAACAAGGUUACACCUGCUGUGUUCAGAUAUGAGGAUGGUGGACAUACCAACCCAGAUUUUAGUAUGGGAGGUCCUGGUGGUCCUGGUGGUCCUGGUGGUCCUGGCGGUCCCCCACGUGAUGCAGACGACGCUGCAGAUAACGACGCUUAA